ACUCUCGCAGUUCAUGCGAAGAGAAUCUCUUUCAUUCACCAAUAACACUCGGCGAAGGAAGCAUAAAUAUUUGCGGGUUUAAGUGAACAAUAAUGUGCACAUAAUUUUUCGCUGUUUUGCGUUGAUUGGCGAAAAUUGCGGCCACCGUCCGUACGUGAAGUGUUUGUUUCGGUUGCGUAUUACGCUUUUGCUCCGUGUGUGGUAAUAAGCGAAAUUCGAAACUUGAACCAUCCUAGGCGCACGGGAUGUAUUUUCGCGAGCAACUCGAGGUGUCCUGGUGAUAACGAUUCUAUUCUGGUAGUGUGCGGUAUUUGGGGGAAAAAAAAUAACUGCAGUUGCUUAUGUAUUUUAAAUUGUUGGCGAUAUUAUAUGGAUGCAAAUUUGGCAUUCAUUCCAAAUCCGGUAACAGAUAAUUUAAUUUGAAGGGGAAAGAGCACAAUCCAAUUUGGGAGCGAUCUGGCAAAGCAGGAUGGCCAAGUAGUGAUUCAAACAAAGUGGUACUUUCAAGAAGAGAUGCAUUGAAUUCACAACGAAGGAGUUUUACGGAUUUCCGAGCAUUUCGACUGACGAAAAGGAAUGCUUUGGAAAAUGAUGUACUCGCCAUGUAGAAUGAUGAUCAAAGCAAAAAACUUUGCCUUGCUGGUACUAUUUCUGCUGAUUGCGGGAAUUUUAAUUUUUAAUACGUCUGCUUCAUCAGACGACGCCAAUGAAGCGAUCGCGAUGAUGCCCUUGAACGAUAGCAUGGCGGUGUGCUUCGAGAGCUAUAAGGAUAACCGAGAGCGUGUCUUCGCCCCCAACGUCAAUGACAACACUGUGGAGGUCAAUCCGGAACCGAUCAUCUACUUCGUAACGCCAACAUAUCCUCGCCGGGAACAGAUCGCCGAAAUUACCCGCCUCGGCCAAACACUGAUGCACAUUCCUAAUUUGCACUGGAUCGUGGCAGAUGACACGGAGAACUGCAACCGAUUACUCAAUAAUCUAUUGAAAAAAUUCGGUAUCCCCUAUACGCACAUUGCCAGCCCAAUGCCGGAGUUUUAUCGCACGAAAAAGCUUGUUCCCCGUGGUGUCGCUAAUCGCCGUGCCGCGCUGGCGUGGAUACGCAAUAACAAUAAGAAGACCGGUGUGCUGUACUUCGGCGAUGACGAUAACACGUUCGACCUGAAACUGUUUAGCGAAAUACGUACUACCAAGAAGGUGUCCAUGUUCCCUGUGGGUUUAAUCGGCGAUUAUGCUGUUAGCACGCCGGUUGUGCGGAAUGGUAUGGUUGAGGGUUUCUUUGACUCGUGGCCAGCAAAACGAAAAUGGCCAGUGGAUAUGGCCGGAUUUGCCGUCAACUUGGAGUACAUGGCCCUCAGUCCAAACGUAACUAUGCCAUUUAGGGCGGGUUACGAGGAGGACGAAUUUUUGAAGAGCCUCGGUCUUAAAAUGCAGGACAUUGAACCAAAAGCCAACAACUGUACGGAGAUACUUGUGUGGCACACGCAAACCAAGAACAAUAAACCACCAAAGAUACGAAUAAGCAGUGGUAUACUAGAGAACGAUGUGGUUAAUUUAGGUGUCCUCCUCAAGCAACUCGUAAGGAUGGGCGUGAGUCAUAUCAGUCAGUCCGAUGGUACUAAGGCACAAAUAACUAAGGACGGGAAAUCCAAAUCAUUGGUAUCAUGGUUUAGUUAAUCACAGACAUAUCACUUAACUUGAGUAUCGGUAUAAAACACCACCAGCAUCUGCCGCAAGACAGUGAAAUUCAACUCGAAAAUUUCUGUGGACAUGUCACACGCUUCACAGAAGAUGAUAGCAGUAAGGGAAGUAUAUGAAAGACAAAUGAUUGAGAGAUUGUUCGAAUGCACAAUAAGAUAGAAUGACGCACAACAACACAUUGGGAUCGGUUGUAAAUCCCCAGAGGGUCAACAAGUGUAAAUGCGGUAGAAAAAGACGUUCAAAUCACACCAUCCCAAUCAGUCUCAAACGACCGAGGGGACUCUAAGCGAACAAUUAUCUAAUGGGUUUGGGGAAAUUGAGAGGAUUAGGUUUAAGAAUGAGUCAUUAAUUGGACGCACUUUUUGAGAUUAUCACAAACACAAUGAUUGGAAUUUGCCAAAUGAUAGAUAGAACGCAGCAAAAAGUUAGUAUAAAACAUUAUAGGUUUAUUCUAGGGUUAGCAAAAAUGCAAAAAUCAAUCACCACUGUUCAAACAUAACUAUCGAAAUUUGCGGCAGAAACUUAUAUUUCAAAUUUGAAUAUUUAAUUUACUUAGAUAGAGCUCAGAGCUUUUCGGGGUGUAAAAAAACCACAAGUAAAAUUUGCAAGGAUAAUACGUUUUUAUGUAAAAAGAACAAUUGUUGGUGAUAACAACCGUACCAGGAAGAUUAAUCAGCUUCGUUGUGAUAUUAGUUUAGUUUUCAUGGCGCCAUCUGAUUUACGAUUGUACAAUUGAAUUGUUAGGAUCAAUAAGUUGCUUCCACCACCCAGUUACAAAUCUCAUAGGGAAGUUGUAUAAAAAGACUAGACUCGAACCAUUGCACAAACACGGCUUUACUAGACAUAUGCUUUCCAUGACUAGGAAGAAUAACAUAACAUCAAUAAAUUUUGAUGUUCCAGCUAACUUCUAUUCAUAAGAAUUGGUUGGAAAUAAGCGAUACCACGGAGGUUUUAGUUUGUUUGGGGUUAUUUCUGGUACUACAUUUUGGUUAUCAGGUUAUCGGGUACUACCAUCAAGGUACAUUGAGCUUUACUCCAUUUUAUUCCACAAAUAUCCAAACUACUUCUGAAGUUGAGUUCCACAUAUAAAGAUAAAUCAAUUUUUCCUCAUUCCAGAAGUAGAUAUAUGUUGGUCCUUUGUUAUUUUUUUUUUACGGAACACCUCCUCAAACUAACACUGUUUCAAGAAAGUGUAUUUGGAAGAGCAAGGGACAUUUCUCGUAGUUUGUGUUACAAAAAUUGGCCAUAUCUGAUCUGAGAUUGUAAGUUGAAGGCAUUAGUCUUUCCAAAAAAUGGAAGAAUAUUUAGUUUUUACAUCUGUAUAUCAAGUAUGAUCGGAUUUCUGCUAGAUGAAACAGGAAACAAACAUUUUCGCUUCCAUCUACGAUGUACUGUGGAAUAAUAUAUACUGUAACUAACUUUUAAAUUUUACUCUAAUAUAACAAGAUGUUUAUGUCGCAAUCGAUCUUGAUAUUAAACUCUAUUUUAGGUUGUAUAGUUUGUAAUCAUAAGAGAUCAAAUUCGUUAAUCCAAUGCUUGAAAUCGCUUUGUGUCCUUCAAAAUAUUAUAAACUCAAUAUAAUUUA